GAUCGCUCCUUAAUUCAAAUUCUUCCUCUGCAACACCUUUUCAUCUUUUUUUUUAAUUGCAUAUGAGAUUGAAUAUUUCUCUUCUUUGGCCUGUACGACACGUUUUUUUGCAAAGUGAGCUUAAUUCGUCUUAAAUGUAAACAAGGAAAAAGUCAUUUGUUGUUGUCUUUAAAUAAUUAUCAAAAAUACGCCCGAAUCUAGAAGGUCACAACCUUGUUUACAUAUUUUCAUCGAAACACAAGUUUCGUCCACUGAGACCGCGUGUAGCAACUUAGUUACUCAAUGAAGUAAUUGCCUUGAAGAAAACAAAACACCAUUUGCAACGCCCAACCUGAAGAAAAUCCUCCCCUCGACUGCUUCCCCCCUCGAGAAGCAUUGUUUGGUACCCAAGGUGUUUCCAUGCACGACGUUCACAGUUGGAGACCGCUGACUCCCAUGUCGCAAGUGUUCUCGUCCACAUUUAAGAUGGCGUCUAUGGGUGUAUUUCUUGUCAUUUCUCUUCUUCUAGGAUUUGCACUCGUAAAUGGUGAACACUUGCAAAAUACGCUCAACCUCCCGCCACGGGUGCUGCUUCCGUAUGUCGCUAGUGGAUCCGUUCAUACCAAUUUUUCCUUCAAAGUUCUGCAUGGAUGCUUCGUAUGGACUUCGAGUAGACCCGAGGUUGCUUCAACUCAUCCCGUGUACAACAAUGGAGACGAAGUAUCAGGGAGAAAAUGUUCAAAGGAAGCCAUUUUAACAGCCCAAGCAAGAGUUCCAAAAAUGCAAAUGACAGAAAUAUUUGGAGAAGAUGAAGUUACUGGUGUGGUUUUGCGAAGCGAUGUUUAUGUACAUGACAUUGCGAAGAUUGAAAUCGUUACUACCACUCGCAAACUUUUGCUUGGGGAAGCACCAGCAGUUUGUCAUAUCCAGGCCUUUGACAAGGAAGGAAAUAUGUUUUCCACUCUGGGUGGUCUUGAAUUUGAAUGGGAACUGAAGACAGUUGAGGGGGUUGGUUCAGUUAAUGCAAAAUCUGUGUUAAGAUUUAUGCAGUUUUCGUUUUCAAGUUAUGAAACUUCACCAGAGAUAUAUUCUUUAGAAGCAAAGGGUUCACGUGGAGGUUCCAUUGUAAUAGAACCCAUCAACACUGGAACAGCAAUUGUCAAAGCAAUGCUCAAGGAUACAUCAUUUGCUAAUGUUUCUCCAGCUGAAGCAAGAAUUUUAGUUUUAGAUAAUGUGUUGUUAGUACCUGGCUAUGAUGUGUAUAUCCUGGUUAACACAUCUGUCACGUAUAGUGUUAACAGAAUGCACAGAGGAAAGACCACAGCGAUACCAAUGCCGUCAUCACAAUUUGAAUUUAAACUGAGCAAUACCACAGUAGGCCAUCUGAAUGUCAAGAAAUCAAGUGUGCUUGGUGUCAAGAUUGGUUACACCAAAGUUACUCUUGUUGAUAAAAAUAUGCUUCUCAUGCAGGCUGUACAUCAACCAGCUGUUGGAGUUCAUGUUGUGGAUGCAGCUUUGUUAGGUUUCAGUAUUGUGCCACAUCCAGACUGGGUGUUACAAGUGGGGAUUGAGUAUGAUGUUACUGUUCAUAUCUACAGUCAUGACAACCGUAAAGUCUUUAUCACUGAUAUUCUUGGUACAAACGUGAUCCACACCUUCAAUAAUCCCAUCUCAGGACAACAAGAAGCAGAUAUUUUUGAUCCAGUGGUUGUCAACCCUGAGAUAAUAGUGUUCCCAUGGUACCCACCAGAGCAACAGAAAGUGGCCAGCCACACCCAGUUUCAAUAUUUAUUGGAGCCAUCUGGAGGAAGUGGAAUGUAUAUUUGGUCGUCAUGUAACACCUCAGUAGCCACUGUAAGCACCAAAGGCAUUGUUAUCACAACUAAUGCAGUAGGACACACCCAGGCUCGUGCAGCAGACAUGAAGAAUCUGGCAAUUUUUGGAACAGCAGAGGUUUAUGUCCUUCCACCAAGAAAAAUGGAGUUUCUUCCCUCUGUUGUUGAAGCUCAAGUUGGUUAUUCAUUGUCACUCCCACUGGCUGUAGCAACUUGCAUUUAUACAGCAUGCCAAGAGUUCCAUGUUUUCACCGAUUGUCGCACUCUCCCUGUGAUGUACUCUUUUUCUGACCCGUCUAUUUUCAAGUUAGUUGAAGAGAAAAGAGAUUAUGAGAUAACUGCUGGAAGUUGUAUGUCGGUGAAGCUUCUUGCCCUUCGUUCUGGCUUCACCACACUGACUGUGACUUACCAGUACAAGGACAUAAUUCUACGUUCUGGGGUGACUGUUGGUGCUUAUCACCCACUUAAGGUUCUAGAUCCAGUGGAUGUUGGUGUGGUGUCUUUGUGUUCAGCAAAGAACCUCUUGUUAGAGGGAGGACCUCUUCCUUGGAUUGUGGAUACUUCUGGAUAUUAUGAAGAAGUGAUUCCAGAUCCACAGAAAGAGGACCAUGUUUCUGUUGGGUAUUAUCCCACAUUUGACUAUCUUGUUGAUAACAGUGGAUCGUAUCAUUAUUUUAACAUAAUCUGUUUAAAGCAAGGUGAACAGGUUCUCACUGUGAAGAUUGGAAACAAACCAUCUGCAAAGAAUCCAUACCCAGCAAGCUCCUCUGUAUUAAUCAGAUUUGCAUGCAUGGACCCUGCAUCACUGACAAUUGUUCCCGACAUAAAACUUCCAACAGUGGAUGGGCGUCAACUGUCUCCUGAAAAUUGUGUGAGCUCGAACAAAGAGAUCCAUGUGCGCAACAAUCAACAGUUAAACCUUGCUGUCCAUCUCCGUGACUCCUUCGGACGCUUAUUUGACAACUUCACAUCACUGACUGUAGUUUGGUCGACCAGCGAUCGCACUUUGGCAGAAUUUGUUGACAUGACAAGUUCUGUUAAGAUGAUGUUUGUCAAAUACAAGGACGAUGAAAACCUUAGAAGAGCAAUGUCAUAUCAAACUGUCAGUUUGAGCGACAAGAUGGGUGGAGUUGUUAUCGAGGCAUCCAUUGAAGGCUACCAAUGCAACAUUUUAAGAUGGUGUGGAAGGGAAUUGAAGAAACCCGUUAAGUUUAAUUUGCGAGGGCAUCUGAAAUUGCUGCUUGUUCCUGAAAGGCAACUUGUUCCACCAGCCGCUUCAAUACUGAAUCAUCCUGAAAAUCAAGCUGUUUUCCACAUUAAAGGAGGCUCGGGUCACUUUGCUGUGAAAGGAAGCAGCAAUGCUAUCGCAAAAGUUAAUUACCAAGGAAAAACUGACAUACUAGUUAUCCCAAGAUCCGAGGGUCUGUUCACGGUGAUGGUGCACGAUUUGUGCUUGGACUCAACCGGGCCAGCGGUUGCCGAUGUUCAAGUUUCUGAUGUGUACGGUGUAGAUGUUGUUGUUGUCAACAAGAUUGAGUUGUACGCAUCAGAGACCCUGAGGCUCAAAUUGCUAGAUAUAUUUGGGGUGCCACUGUUGUUCAGAAAUCUUGAGUUUCUCACCUUGACUCCAAAUUUUACUCCAGACAUUUUAGACAUCAGGCGGGACUUUGAGCUUGAAGACAAGGGAAAAAUCAAUCAAGAUACUGCAUAUUUCACGGUCAGAGGACUCUCUCUUGGUACUGCAAGCCUCACAUUCACAGCAUCAGCAACAGGGAGAGGAAAAGCGACAAGUGAUCCAAAGGAUAUCCAGGUUUUUGCACCCCUAAGGCUGGACCCAAGAGUGGUGGUGCUGAUUCGUGGAGCUUCAUUUCAGGUUCGAAGUUCAGGUGGGCCCAGUCCCCAGGCGGCAACAAUCUUCAGCAUCGCUAACCACACAGUGGCAACUGUCAGCAGCGUGGGACUAGUGGAGGCACAGCAGCUUGGAACAACAAACCUUACUGGGUUUGUACAAACAGCUGAUCCAAUCAAGGGACAGACGGUGUUGCAUUCCAAGGAUAUUGUUAUCGUACAUGUCAUACAGCUGAAAGGAAUUAUUAUCAAUGUUGCCUCUACCAACCUUGUCACUGGAACUAAGAUCAGCAUGUAUGCAGCUGGUUUAAACGAUGAAACACCAUUUACUUUUGCUAAUGCUGUACCUGGUUUGAAGUUCUUUUGGACCUCAACUAACCCCGAUGUAUGCCAAGUCAAGUCAGUGUACGUUCUGAGUGGGGUGGCUGUGGAAAGCGAGAAUGAUUUCCGUGUGGAUCUGCACUGCAUUAACCCCGGACAAACGACUGUACGACUCAGGGUGGUAAUAACUGACCACAGUUAUCAACAGGCUCAUAAGGACGCUUUGUUACAAGAUGAGGUCACAUUUGAGGUCUAUGAAAGGCUGCAGUUGAUUUUCCCUGCAAAUGGCUUUCUACUUCUUCCUCACAAUGUUAACACCAAAAUCCAGACAAACAGAGAUGGUUCGGCAAGAAUAACCUACGAGAUGAUGACAGACUGUUCUAAGCACAACAAGGCUUCUAGUGGUGCUGCUAUAGCUGGUGUCAGUAGAAGUGGUCAGGUGUCCACUGCAUCUCUGUCUGGGACGGCUGUGGUGUUGGUGACUGUCCAUGAGGAGUUCGGCAUCAAUCAAACUGCUGUUGUCCAUGUGGAGGUCAAGGCUGUUUCAUCAAUCGUUAUAAAUUGUCAGUCUCCCGUGAGAACGAACUCUGACAAGCUACAUACAUUUCCCCUGGGAAUGAAUGUCCUGCUCGCUGUAACAUUGCAUGACAAUAUCGGACGAAGAUUUGCUGUUGCCAGUAUCCCGCUCAAAUACAGGCUCAACAGAUUUGAUGCCGUUCAUGUUGUACCAGGACCAGAAAAUGGCACUUUUUAUGCCAGGGCAGUAAACCUUGGUGAAGCCAUCCUUAAGGUGUGGGACCCAAGUUCUGUUAACAUAGCAGACUACGUCCGCAUACGAGUUGGUCAUGGUCUGACUCCAACCAAAGCGACACUGUUGUUAGGGAUGGUAGAACAGUUCAGUACAAGUGUUAUAUCUGAAGGUAUAGGUGGUAUGUGGUCAUCAUCUAACGACAAAGUUGUCAGCAUCAACUCCACGACUGGCAUGGCAAUGGCAACAGCUGCAGGAACUGCUACUAUUUACUACAAGAUACCUCAGUUGUACUCAGCCCAGACUGAAGUCAAAGUCGAGAGCCUGAGUUACAUUCAUGUCUCGAGAGAUGACGCCCUGGUCAUCACCAAUAUCCCGCGACUGGAUGGGCGUGGCUAUGUCAUUCCUGUUAACUUGGGACACGACUAUUUGUCGCAGGAACAAACAACCAAAGCAUCUGGUCUUGUAGAUGGAAUUCUGCUGUUUGAAGAACUAGGUUUCAAACAGGCGACACCUUUCCAGUGUAUUCUACACCUUGGUAAUGAUCUGCAUGGCAAUAUCCACGCACAUGACUUGUUUGAGGUGAAGCCCGGGUUCGUCGAUGGACAACCAAUGUGUUAUGUGGUACCAAAGAAUGCUAAAGACGAUGUGAUCAAGUCGGCAAGUUCUAUCGCUGCUCAGCUGAGUCUUGUUGUCAGGAUUUUCGACGAGAUUCAAGGUCGUAGCGAAUCCUCGGAGUCAUUAAAACUUCCCUUCGUGCCUGCAUUUGUGUUGAGUGAAACAGAACUGGAGCUUUCUGCUGAUAAACGGAAAGCGCAAGUUUUUGUUAUGGCCAAUGCUGAACAGCUGAACAACCUUGAGGUAAGAUCUCAAGACCCGUCCCUGGUCAAAUUUACAGGGUGGUUAAGUUCAGUUGAUAAGGAGGGCGAAUAUGAGAUAGAAGUUGUCGAGAAAAAUGGCAAGUCUUUCAAGAGAGUCUGGGUGGAGUUUAAAAGCUUACUUACCGGCCAGAGAGGCUUAGUGUACGUGACUUACACAGCGCCAUCCAGUGGUGCAGUCCCUGUGCUGUUACCAGGAGCAAUUCCAAGCAGUGAGCAGUGUCCAACAGUCGCAGCAGGCAAAAUAGAGAGAAGCUUUCAAGGAUUUCUCUUCGCCUUGCUUGGACAGACAAGUGCUUGGAUAAUCGGUUUGUCAUUUUUUAUUGGGUGCAUAAUUCUUGCGCUGAUCUUAUGCUGCAGUCCUCGUGGCAGGGGUGCCAGUAGUGGAGCAGUGUCUGGAGCGACCUCUCCCAGCCCUCUCAGAGGGACCCCUCAGCAUGGAAGCCCUUAUCCACAAGGUCCAUAUCCUGGUUCAUCUACAGGUACAUUGUCCGCGGGAAGGCCUAUUUAUCUGAGCUCAACCACAGGCGCAUUUUCACCGGGAGCUGGGGCGUAUGGAUCUCGUGGUAGUGCGAACGAUACAUCUCCUCGGUCCUUUCCAGAGGAGCACGAUGAAACACACCGAGGAAUAUCCACAACAUACCGGCACACCAAAACCUCUGCUCGCACAUAUCUUUCCGACGAUAGUUCUCACGCCUCUGGAGCAACGUCUAUUGGGCGUGUUUCACCGAACAAGUCACCCAGAUUGUUCAGUGUCAAUCAAUAACGUAAGAUUGACGUGAACUUUCAUGAUAUUUCGAUAUUUAAUGUGCUGCUUGUGGAAUUGGCUACGUGUGUACAGUUUAAGGAGGAAUGGCAUAUUUCCUUGUAACUCUCAACGCAAAGAUGCUAAAGUUAUUGUUCGAUGACAUUUUUUGUGUUGAUGCUUGAAAGGCUAACUGAAGUGUACUUCUUACUUGUCCUAAGUCACUGUAAAAGAGGUUUUAGGGGAAGGGCGAACUCCAAGAAAAAGAAAAACCAACCAAAAAUCAAUAUAAAAUGAAUUCAUACAAGUGAAAAUUGAGCGAAAAAUUGGCACAACGAAGUACUGUUGUAAAAAAUUUCAAUAGUCUUCUUUCAAACAAAUUCCAAAGGAGGAGAACGAGUCGUCGAGAGUGAAAAUCAUUCGAGAGAAAUUACUUAGUCUGUCCCAAUUGGAAAUUACGGGCUGGAGGCACUUUGCGAAAUAAUUGGUGUUAACAUUGUUUCAGAAACUCUGAAAGCUCUAGCUUAAAUUCGUGGAAGUGAUCACUUAAGGUUUUCUAAGCGGAUCGUGAUAAACUUGAUUUUACUAGUUUUCUAAUAUAAACUAAAACUUUCAAAAUGCUGCCUUAACCGUAUUUUUAUACAGUAUAGGUCUUGCGAAAAGUGUAUUAUGCUGAGAACAGCGGGUUAAUUGGAUCUUGGAGAUAAUAAUUUUCGAUGCGUCUUGUAUUUAUUGACCCAUUUAAAUAUUUUUGUAGGUACCGUGUCUUUUUUAGACUGCUGGCAGUUCCUCUUGCGCGUCGAAAGUGAUCAGCGAACGGAAAAAAACUCUGAGCUGUGCCUGCAACUCUCAGCGGUUGCACCAUUACGAUGUAACUUUCUCGCUGAUUACGUAUGACGUGCGUGAAGAUCUAAGCUGAAUUUAAGAGGCGCUGCUCGCACUCUAAGCCUUUGUAAGAUAAAAUAGACCUUUCUAAUAAAUGUAUUUAUUUCAUUUCACA